AUGGCCACCUUUUCCCGUCUGGUUCGUUUCUUGGCCAAGGACGGCCAGACUUAUUAUGGAGACGCCCUAUUGUCAGCAGGCGUGAGCGACAUUGCCCAAGCCACGAGAGCACGGGUUAUCCGAGGCGACAUUUUCGGACAGCACCAAGUCACAGACCAGAUUGCUGACAUCAAAAUGCUCCUGGCGCCAUUGGCAAGAAAGGACAUUGGGACCGUGCGUUGUCUGGGACUCAAUUAUGAACAACACGCCAUAGAGUCAAACCUACCCUUGCCCAAAUUUCCAGUUCUCUUCUACAAGCCGGUCACCUCUGUUACGGGGCCUACAGAUGACGUCCCAGUAUCCCGCAUGGCCCAGCAGGGUGAGGGUCUAGACUAUGAGUGUGAAUUGGUUGUCGUUAUUGGCAAGGAAGCUAAGAAUGUGCCCGAGAGCCAGGCUCUGGACUAUGUUUUGGGUUAUGCCGUUGGAAACGAUGUCUCUCAUCGUGAAUGGCAGUUGAAGCAUGGUGGAGGGCAAUGGGGGCUGGGCAAGGGCUUCGACGGAUGGGCGCCCUUUGGACCAGGUAUUGUAUCUUCGAAGCUAAUCCGUGAUCCCAACAACUUGCAGAUCUCGACAAAACUGAAUGGCCAGACGGUCCAAUCAUCAUCCACCAAGGAUAUGAUCUUCAAUGUGGCCAAGACAGUGUCGUUCUUAUCUCAGGGUACCACCUUGUUGCCCGGGGAUGUAAUCUUUACAGGAACACCCCAAGGUGUUGGUAUGGGUCGAAAGCCGGCGCUCUGGCUCAAGGAUGGUGAUUUAGUCGAGGUUUCUCUUGAGGGUGUCGGAUCAUGCCUGAAUCGCGUUGUCUUCGACAAGCCCUCUUCGAAGCUCUGAAUCAAUAAUAAAAGGAACAGGUGGCGCAGGGCUUAUCGGGUGUAACAAGGACCGUCAGGAGUCCCUUGAACGAUGUGGCAUCCCGACCACCAACC